AUGGAAUCGAUUCUCAUUGAUUCCGUUCAGAAAAGUCUGCAUCACUUCAUGCACUCCAACGCUAUCUUCAUCUCGCAACGUCUCUGCGCUCAGUUCCCCUCCGAGACAAAUUUGCAAUUAUUAGCUGCCUGUUACUUGCAGAGUAAUCAAGCUUAUUCUGCAUACCAUAUUUUAAAGGGAACAAAAAUGCCUCAAUCCCGGUACUUGUUUGCGAUGUCAUGCUUUCAUUUGGAUCUUCUUAGCGAAGCUGAAGCAGCAUUGUGCCCUGCUAACGAAUCUGGUGCAGAGGUUCCAAAUGGCGCACCUGGUCAUUAUCUAUUAGGGCAGGUUUACAGGUACACUGACAGAAAGAAAAAUGCCAUUAAUCAUUUUAAACAGGCACUAUCAAUGGAUCCUCUAAUGUGGGCUGCAUAUGAGGAGUUGUGCAUAUUAGGUGCUGCUGAAGAAGCUACUGUAGUUUUUGGUGAAGCAGCUUCAUUUUGCCUACAAAAGCAAUAUAUAAAUUGCGCAACCUCCCCAAAUUUGUCAGAUGAAAAUUGUAAUGUUAAUGCAAUUGGACAGAGUGUCUCCGAAGACGUGAGUCCAAGGAAACUAAGACACGCACAAGGUCUAAAGGAUAUUGCUGUAAACCCUCACGGAUCAUCUAUAACAGGGGGAACUGCUGGUCAACUCACCAGUAGCAGUUCAUCUAACAUGUCAUUUUAUAACACCCCGUCUCCAAUGGCCACACAGUUGUCAGCUGUUGCUCCACCCCCUUUGUGUAGGAAUGUGAUGCCAAAUGGCCUAAAUCUGAGCACACUUAAUUCUGACAAUUCUAAGUCAACAGUUAACCCUAUUAUUCAAGCCCCUCGAAGAAAGUUUGUGGGUGAAGGAAAAUUACGAAAGAUUUCGGGUAGGUUAUUUUCUGAUUCUGGUCCUCGACGUAGUUCAAGACUCUCUAGUGAAGCAAGUGUAAGUUCAAAUGCUAAUGCAACAGUUGUAUCUGGAAACGUAACCAGUAACUCUCAUAAAGGAGGGUCAAAGCCUGCCCCUGUGACAUUUCGUACCAUGACAAUUCGAAAGGGGCAGUCAUGGGCCAAUGAAAACAUUGAUGGAGGGAUUCAUAAUGAUGUUUUGGAUGUUGCUCGUUUAAAUAUUGCAUCAACAACUUCUUGUUCAUCUGCUGCCACUGAGGCAAAAUCUUAUGAACAAGAUGCAACAACUCUUCAAGUUAGCGGGCAAGUAACAAGUGAUUCUAAAUUCAUCACCGGUACAACAGAAAUAUUGACCCUUCUAAGAGUUCUUGGUGAAGGCUAUAGGCUUGCCUGCUUGUAUAAGUGCCAGGAAGCACUGGAUACCUAUCUGAAACUUCCACAGAGUCACUACAAUACUGGAUGGGUUCUUUCUCAGGUUGGGAAGGCAUACUAUGAGUUAGUUGAUAAUUUAGAAGCCGAUCGAGUCUUUAGUCUAGCCCGUCAAAUUGCACCAUAUAGUUUGGAAGGGAUGGAUAUUUACUCAACAGUUCUUUAUCAUUUAAAGGAAGAUAUGAAGCUAAGCUACCUGGCCCAGGAACUGAUUUCAACUGAUCGGUUAGCUCCUCAAUCUUGGUGUGCCAUGGGAAAUUGCUACAGCCUGCAGAAAGAUCAUGAAACUGCACUGAAAAAUUUUCAACGAGCUGUUCAAUUGAAUCCAAGAUUUGCAUAUGCACACACCCUUUGUGGUCACGAGUAUGUUGCACAAGAAGAUUAUGAAAAUGGGAUUAAGAGCUAUCAGAGUGCACUCAUGGUUGACGCAAGGCACUAUAACGCGUGGUAUGGACUCGGAAUGCUAUAUCUCCGCCAAGAGAAAUUUGAGUUCUCAGAACAUCAUUUCCGUAUGGCUUACCGAAUCAACCCAGAAUCUUCUGUGAUAUUGUCAUACCUAGGAACUGCUUUGCAUUCUUUGAAGAGAAGUGAGGAAGGGUUGGCUGUGAUGGAGAAAGCUAUUUUAGCAGAUAAGAAAAAUCUACUCCCCAUGUAUCAAAAGGCCAACAUACUAAUGGGCCUGGAAAGGUUUGACGAGGCUCUGGAAGUCCUAGAGGAGCUUAAAGAGUACGCUCCUUACGAAAGUAGUGUCUUUGCUUUGAUGGGCAAUAUUUAUAGACGGCGUAACAUGAAUGAAAGAGCAAUGUUUCAUUAUGGUAUUGCUUUGGAUUUGAAACCAUCAGCAACAGAUGCUGCCACCAUUAAGGCUGCCAUUGAGAAAUUGCAUCUCCCUGAUGAGUUGGAAGACAACUUGUAG